AUGGUGAUUUCGGGGCGAUUGGACGAUGCCCGGAGCGAGUUGCUGGUGAGGAUCAGCGUUGCGCAGGUCGGGCUGAUCGGGGACCUGCAUGCCGGGUUCAGCGUGGCAGUGAAUGUGUUGAUGGGGACCAAUUCGAAGCGUAAGAGGGUUCUGGGAGAGGAUUUGCUGUUGGCGAGGAAGUUGAGGGGAAGACAGCCGGAUGGAAACCGCAUCAACCUUAACCCCGAGGACAUGCAAGCCCUGGGUCUUGAGACCGAGGCUCUGCGGGACCGCACCCCCGAUACCAAAAGGGAUCCAGUAGAAGUCAGCUUCGUCGAGAACGUCACACUGGACCAAGCGCGAAUCAUGUUUGGCAUCGUGGGAGUGCAGGACUGGCAGCGCGCCGCGGGCGUCAAGGCCAAUGUGCGCGGAAACCAGUUCGGGAAUGAGAUGAAGUUUUUCGCGGGCAUUGCGGAUGCGAGCGUUGCGCAGGCAGUGUUUGCGAAAUAG